AUGGAUCGCAACGCACUAGUGGAGCUGCUGGAGGCGUUGGAUAGCAGAUGGGACACAGAGGAGAGAAGAAGAGAGGAGCGCUACACUGCGCUCAUUGAAAGGGGCUGGCAGGCAGUCCACACCGAGCGCCUUGAUCUCAUCUCCAGCGUGUGUGGUAAUGCCUCUGUGAAGAACCUCACCCAUACUGCAAUCAACAAGUUUGUUCUGGACUGCAUCUUUGUGUGCGAUAAACACAAGAUCCUCUUCUGCCAGACACCCAAAGUAGUCAAUACUCAGUGGAAGAAAGUCCUUAUUGUUCUUAAUGGAGUUUUUUCCAGUAUUGAUGAAAUACCUGAAAAUGUUGUCCACAACCAUGAGAAAAAUGGCCUGCAUAGAGCUUCUUCCAGAGCGCUGUUAGGUUCGGAUCUAGUCGAACAGCGUCUCAAUACUUACUUCAAGUUCUUAAUUGUGAGAGAUCCUUUUGAAAGACUCAUAUCUGCUUUCAAGGACAAAUUUUUAUACAAUCCUCGUUUUGAACCCUGGUAUAAACAUGACAUUGCACCCGCGAUCAUUCGCAAAUACAAGAAGAACCGCUUGGAAACCAAGGGGCUGCAGUUUGAGGACUUUGUGCGCUACCUGGGAGACCCAAACCACAUGCGACUCGAUAGACAAUUUGGAGACCACAUAAUUCACUGGGUCACCUAUGUAGAACUUUGUGCUCCUUGUGAAAUUAAAUACAGUGUCAUUGGACACCAUGAGAGCCUUGAACGGGAUGAUCCGUUUAUUCUGAAGGCAGCAGACAUAGACCAUUUAGUGUCCUAUCCCACAAUCCUGCCAGGCAUUACCUUGUACAAUAAGACCAAGGUGGAGCAGUACUUCUCUGGAAUUAGUAAAAGAGACAUCAGGCGUCUCUAUGCACGCUUUCAAGGAGACUUUGAGCUUUUUGGCUACAAAGAGCCAGAUUUUUUACUAAACUAAACUAGCUUAGAACUGUAAAUAUUUGUAUUUGUUUGUUUUUAAGAAAUUUACUUUAAUGUUGUAUGUGCUACAUUCAAUAUGAAAAAGAAAUAUAUCUCAGAUUUAUGUUCAAUAAGUAGUAAUACACAACUUAGAGGGUUAAUGUAAGAACCCAGGAGUGCCUAAAUUGCUAGCUUCUGCUAUAGCUUUGUAAUAUUUAACAGUUGAAUUCUUUUCAACAAACAUGUUGCAAGUGGCACAGUGGAUUAUUGCUCAAAGGUGUUAUAUAAUGUUUUCUUGGCCACAUUGAAUUUAGUUUAAAAAUGCUUAAUCAAUAUAUCUUUAAUAUGUUUAAAACAGACAAUGUUUGAAGACUACAUUCCAGAUUAUAUAUAUAAUAUAUAUUACACUAACUAUUGUCCUUGGAGGGGAUACAGUGUCUGAGAGGGGAUUAUAUUGCCCAAAGCCACAGGCUGAGGGCUGUAUUGUCCCC